AUGAACUCUGCCGGAGAGUUUUCUGAUCGGGCGCGAUGGAAAUUCGACGCUUGUCGGACGCCCAGGGUUCCCAAACCGGAAAAGGUGAAGGGUAUCAAAAAGUGGCAGAUAGCGGAAGAAGAGUCGGAAUCUGAAACCAGUUCCGAAGAAGUAGAAGGACGAAGAGAAUGCCUGAAAGGCGAGGCGCUGGAAGCGGUCAGGAGCAGGUUGCUUCUACCAAAGUCAGUCCCAAAAAUAAUAGAGACGCUGCAGAUGCUGUAUGGGCGACCUGAGCGACUGUUGAACAUGCUGCUUGCGAAAGUGCGCAAUGCAGCGCCUCCAAAAGCAGAUCGAUUGGCGAGUUUCAUUGGCUUCGGCGUGGUGGUGCAGCAGCUAUCUGACCAUCUAGAAGCUACAGGGUUAACUUCGCAUCUGGUGAACCCCAUGCUUAUUCAAGAGCUGAUAGAGAAGCUACCAGCAGGGACGCAGCUGGAAUGGGUACGAUACCGAAGGAAGAGCAAGGUGGUGACGCUGCGGACGUUGUCAAAUUUCCUGUCACGUAUAGUGAAGGAUGCAAGUGAAGUGGCUGCCUACGGAGAAGCAUCCCGGUCCGGAGAGGUCGGUUCAAAGAAGGUGAACCCGAGAAGCAGAGCAAGCGAAGGGUACAUUCACGCCCAUGACGCGGCGGAGAGUAUAAGUUCGAGUCCGCCUGCGAAGGAGAGAAGGCCGUGUAGGAUCUGUGGAAGAGUAGAUCACCGGAUCCGUAACUGCGAGAGGUUCCGUAGACUCCACUACAGUGAGCGAUGGGAAGCGGUUCGCAGAUGGAAGCUAUGCCAGCUGUGUCUGAACGAGCACGGUACUGUCAGCUGCAAGUUGAAUUUUCGUUGCAACAUCGGCGGGUGCAAGGAGCGCCACAAUCCACUUCUGCAUCCACCGAGAUCAGUGGCUGGCUCGAACUGCAAUAUCCACGCUAUUCAACCAAAAGCCAUCCGUUAUUUUCCGUAUGAUGCCUGUCACCUUGCACAGCGGAAUCUACUCGGUGAAUACCUUUGCCUUCCUGGACGAAGGUUCUUCCUAUACGCUGGUGGAGAACACGCUGAUCGACCGACUGAGAAUUCGUGGUGUAACGCAGCCACUACGAGUGACGUGGACCGCUGGAGUCUCACGAGUCGAGAAGGACUCGCAGUGUGUAAACAUGCUCAUUUCCGCUCGAGGAUCAGCGCAACGUUUCUUCAUCAAGAGUGCCCACACGGUGGAGAGUCUCAAGCUUCCGCAGCAUUCACUAGCUGUGUCGGAAGUGGUGAAGCAAUACAGCCACCUUCGAGAUCUGCCGAUCGCAGAUGUUCCCAAACAACGCCACAGAUUCUGAUCGGGCUGAAGGAUAUCCAUCUUUACGCUCCGAUUGAGUCUAGAAUAGGCCGGCCGGAAGAACCUAUAGCAGUCAGGUCAAAACUGGGAUGGACUGUCUACGGACCAACUGGCGCGAAUGCCACGGAAGGUGGAAUCGUCGGGCAUCACGCUUGUAGCUCGGUAACCAACCAGGAGCUGCACGACCUGCUGAAGAGUCAGUACACUCUGGAAGAAUCCGGCAUUUCUGUGGCCUUGCUUCCCGAGUCAGAAGAAGACAGAAGAGCAAAAGAGAUUCUGAGGAAGACGACAAAAAGAAUAGGAGAUCGCUUCGAAACGGGACUGCUGUGGAAAAACGACUGCUCCGAGUUCCCAGAUAGCUACCUCAUGGCCGUUAAGCGGCUGAUUGGCCUGGAGAAUCCCGAACUGUACGCCAAGGUGAGAACCAUGAUAGCCGACUAUCUAGUCAAGGGGUACGCACACAAGGCAACGUCGUUCGAGCUAGAAGCGCUAGGUUGCAGCAAAGUGUGGUACGUGCCACUGAAUAUCGUCUACAAUCCGAGAAAGCAGAAGUUUCGUCUGGUGUGGGACGCAAGAGCAGAAGUGAUAGGAGUAUCUUUAAACUCGAAGCUGCUGAAGGGGCCGGAUAUGCUGACCGCCUUGCCGGCGGUAAUUUGCAAGUUUCGUGAACGAGAAGUCGGAUUCGGGGCGGACAUAAAGGAGAUGUACCACCAGCUACGGAUCCGAGAAGAAGACAAACGAGCGCAGAGAUUUUUGUUCCGGAAUGAUCCAUCAGCGAAACCGGAAGUGUACGUGAUGGACGUAGCGACGUUUGGGUCUACGAGUUCACCGUGUUCAGCCCAAUACGUGAAGAACUGGAAUGCAAGAGAAUUUGCAGGGCAAUUCCGGCGGCGGCGAAAGCCAUCGUCGAAAAUCACUACGUCGACGACUAUUUCGACAGUUCAGAUACAAUUGAAGAAGCAGUGGCACUUGCGAAGGAUAGAGUUUCUGGAGGCCAUGGGAGAACGUAAGGAAAAAUCAGUGCGUGCGUUUCGGGAAGACCUGGUGCCUUUCCUGUCCGGCGAGCAGCUGCCGACAAAAAGGAUCGUGAUGAGCUGCGUAAUGAGCUUCUUCGACCCGUUGGGAUUACUCUCCGUGUUUACGUUCUACGGGAAGCUGCUGAUUCAGGAUCUCUGGCGAAGCGGAUGCGAAUGGGAUCAGCAGAUCGGCGAUGAAGAUCUUCAGCUACACACGUUUGUGGACGCAAGCCAGGACGCGUACGGAGCAGCAACGUACAUCCGAAUUGAAACAGACGAGGGACCGAUAUGCUCGCUAGUAAUGUCAAAGGUCGAAGGUAGCACCGUUGCAACACAUGUCCAUUCCCGUUUGGAGUUGCAAGCAGCAACGCUAGGAGCGAGGCUUGCCAAUUCCGUCGGCGAGAUUCUUACGUUAGAAGUCAAGCGUCGUUUCAUGUGGUCCGAUUCGAAGACCGUACUCUCGUGGAUCCACUCCGACCACCGUCGUUAUAAACAGUUCGUGGCGUUCCGGAUCGGAGAUACAGCUUAA